CACAAUAUAAUGAUGGAAGAUGUCUUCUAGGGUUUGAUUUCUUCCCCACCUCCCUAUCGAAACUGCCGUCGUCUUCUUUUGAACUAAAUCAUGGACCAGAGCAAGCUGAAGAGAUGCUCUGCAUCAUCAUCAUCCUCCUCCCAUGCUGAAGCAGCUGCUGAUGCUACAGAUUCUUUGCAAAAGGCAGAAAGAGAGUUGGAUGAUUUGGAGACAGAAUUUAAUAGUCGGAAGAAGCAGAAGCAGGAGGAAGAAACCACAGAGAAGAAGAAAGAGUGUUGUUUUGGCACUAAAGAUGCAAAGGGAAACAAUGAGCGUACCAUAUUCGUCACUGGUUUUGAUAGUAGCGGUUCUAGGGAUGAGAUCAGGAGCGCAUUGGCUAAACAUUUCAGUUCAUGUGGAGAGUUGACAAGGGUUUUUGUUCACAUCGAGUGUGAAACCGGUGUUUCCAGAGGAUAUGCUUUUAUUAAUCUGAAACAAGGUGUCGGUGAGAUUGAGGCGGCGCUAACUCUCAAUGGAAGCGACUUGGGAGGUCGGAAGCUUCUGGUUACAAUGGCUAAACGUAGAGCCGAAUACUAUUGCCACGUUAACUUUAAAGGCUGUGAAAUUUGUCGUGCUAUGUUUGCUGCCGGCCGUUUGAAAAUGUACAGAUGGAAAAGGGAAACUGGGAAUGGCAAAUUCACGCACGUGUCUCCACAAUAUAAAGCAAUGUGCCGUCUUCAUCUUGAAGCAACAAAGGCACGCAAGAUGGCAAAGUCUAAAACCAAAGAAGGCUAAUAUUUUUACUUGUUUCUCGACCAGCUCCAUCAAACGUUUUUUUUUUUUAAUAUUAUCUUUAUGUGCUAUUUAGAAAAAACAUAUAUUAUGCUUUUUUGGCUGCUUUAUUUAUGCUUGACUUAAAGACUGUUAACUUUCUUUAUUAAAAACCUAUGUUGUAUGGUU